AUGGCCGAAUAUCGUCUGUUAUUGCGGUUUGUUUUGGCUGUGAUUGUGUUUACUGCCAAUUCGGAAGUGAUUGAUCGAGAUACAAGUGAUGUGGAUGAUGUUGGAGAUGUUUUGGAGCAGCUAAAUCAUCAGAAAAGAGAGUCGAAUCCGGUGAGAAAUUCAAACUUGGAGAUUGAAAGAGAGCAGUUGAGGAGGGUCCAGGUGAGUUAUUAGGCGUUUGAGAGCCUGUACGACAUAGAACAUGAAUAAAAUUUUUUUAUCUUCUACAAUUUUCAGGAGCAACUGGACCGCAAAUGGCCUCAAUACCACUCGGAAGAACGCUUUGACCACAUCCGAACCACCACUUCCUCUCCUUUGGCCUCACAAACCGAAGUUCUGGCAAGCCCUCAGCGGACGGAAAUUGAUUUCAAUCAAGGAUUACGUCCAGUUGUUGGGCAUCCAAAUCAAUUCAAGAGAUUUCGCGACAUCCAAGGCAAGCCAGACGCAAAACAUGCCGAAGGAAUUGGAAAAGAGAACUUGGACGAAGAAAAAAUCCGACAGCAAGCAAUUGCUGAUGAAGAAGAUCAGCAAUUAUCUCAUUUCAUCAGCGAACUGAACAGUCAGAUGAAUAGGAAGUAUUUGAACCAAGGAAAUUCUGAUGUAAAAGGCCAGAAUCUCCAGAAAUGGAUGACAAAUGGAAAUCAGAAUGGACCGCAAGGGCCUCCAAUGAGACCGCAGGCUCGACAAAGUCAGCAAAACUUUCAAGGAGCAGGAUUCAACUCCCAAAGUGGAUUUCAAGGCCAAGCAACGAAUUUCCAACAAAAUAGAGAACAAUUUCUUCAACAGCAAGGUCCUCAAGGGCCGAUGAUGAACUCUCAAAGGAACGCCAAUCAAAACUUCCAAGGAGCCCAAGGACGUCAGCAAGGAUUCCAAAGCCAGCCUUUCAAUCCCCAGCCCGUUUCCAACCAGAAUUUUCAACGAAAUGGUCAGCCAAUGAACUUCCAAGUCAAUCAAAGAAAUCUGCAACAGGGAUUUCAAAGCCAGCCUCCGUUUACACGAAGGAUUCCAAGUCAAAAUUUCCAAGGUCAAGGAAAUCGACCGCAAGUGCUUCAAGGCCCAUUGGUAAAUUCUCAGCGUACUGGGAGCCAGAAUUUCCAACGAAAUCAAGUGAAUGGCUUUCAACCUUUGAACCAACAAGGAUUUCAAGCCCAAUCGACAAAUUUCCGUUCCAAUGGAGCUCAGCAAAGUCGCCAAUCUUUCGCUCAGCCACAACAGACUCCGCAGCCACUGGACAGGCAAAAUUUUCAAAGAAACGGAGCUCAGAAUCAGCGUAGAUUCCAAAGUCAGCCGUUGAAUUUGCAGACAAACGGAGAACAAGGAUUUCAAAGCACGCUACCAAAUUUUCAACGGGCUUCUAACCAGAAUUUCCAACAAAAUGGAGGUCAAUUCAGCCAUCAACCAGCUACCAGGAUCCCUCCUACUACUGGAAGUCCUCAGUUCUUUAAUAAUCAAGUUGAGUCUCAAAGAUUUUCUCAGAAUCAACAAGCUCAUGUUGUUAAUACUCGACAAGGCUUCCCUCAAGGGUUCGUUUCAAAUAACCGUGCUCAACAAGCUCAGCAAGUCCAGCAAACGCCGUUUAAUCGAGUCCAACAAAAUCAGCGGGCAAUCAAUCAAGGGAACAGCAACUUCCAGCAAUUGCAGACACUAAAUCAUCUGAAACGAACUGAACAACCGUCUUUUAGACAGAAAAGUCGACAGUCAUUGCAACAAGUAGGGGCAACUCAAGUCCCUAGAUUUGCUCCUCAACGGACGGGCCAGACAAUUCAACCCGAUGGAUCUUUCCAUCCGACAACUUCUCAGCCAGCUGGUCGAUUUACAACGCGUCGUCAACGACCUCAAUUUGAUCAACAACGAAGAGUCAAGAGUCUGCCAAAUCAGCAAAUUCAGCAAAGACAAGGGCUUUCAACAAAUGCCCCAACGAGACACAGUUUGGUCAGAACAACCGUUCAUGGUCUGCCUGUGACUACAACUCCGAUGUCGUUUACGACUGGAAACCCAAGACGGUCCAGUCAAAGCCCUUCGGCAAGACAGAGGUUGAGAACCCAGCCAACAACUCAGCGAAGACAGGCUGCAAAUACGACAACAAUCUCUCCAUCAACAUCAACUCAACGUCAAGUUCAGCCAGCCCGUCGAAGACAAGAAAUAGGCCACCCGCGUCAACAGUUGAGAACCCAGCAUCAGUUGCCAGCAGUUGUCAGCCGAAGCCACUCCCAGCUAGCGACCCCGCCAACUCUUCAACCAGCUAGAAUUAGACGGCCAGCCAACCAAAAUCAAGGGCAAAAUCGACAGGUUCAAGGUUUUCAACGCCCCAUAAAUGCAACUCAAAGAAUCCCCAAGGCAUUUAGGACCCAACCAGCAACGAUCCAACCGCAUUCUGUAGCCAGAAAUCAAACCACCACCCAUCCAUUGAUCUUGAAUCAGAAAAAGGGCCCAACUUUUGAAAAGAGUGUGUUGAAACCCGAUAAAAUUCAACGAAUCCAGUUUGUUAACAACGUUGAGCGUCAGGAAAACACUACAGCAAGACCGAAGCAAGGACUCGUCAAGUUCAAUCCAAGGGUUAACCGGCCAAAUCAGGCAAAUCGAGCGUCCAACUCAACCAAUUUGCCGUCAAGUCCUGCUACAAACUUCUUCGGACAAGCUAGACCGGGAAAGAUGACUUCAAGCACCUCGACCGGCCCAGUUAAACCCUCGACGAAUUCCACAAGAGCUGUAGCCAAUUUUACAAGGCCUCCAGCCAACAUGACAAGAGCUACAACAACUCCUCGACCUUCAGGGAGGCGUGGAUUACUUCAACCAGGAGUGGAAGCGCCGAAUAAAAAUCUUUCUACACCGCUUUCUACAGAUCCCCGAGGCAAAGCGCUUGAGAAAAUCGACCUCAAAGAUGGCAAGCGAAGAGGACUGACUAAAAUGAAUGUUACGGAAACUGAUCAACCAGUGAGAAAACCCCACAAAAUGCGAAGGACUUUAACGGUCACGGAGAAGGCCAAGAUCAAUGACACCGUUCAACUGGGCGCUUUUCUAGUCCCUAAAGGCGUACCAAAAAACACGACGAUAUCAACGCCAAGAACGACUAAUCACACGAUGACGAAACACUCAAAAUUAGAGAGCAAUAAUCAUAAUUCGACAAAGGAAUUGCAAGUGAAACAGGAAGUGGAGAAAGCCAAGCUUUCGGAGACUGUAAAAUUGGGUACUGUACUUGAGCCAGGCAAUGAGAAAUCGACAAAAAAGAAUGGAACAACAACUCCUACGCCAAAGGAAGAAGAGGGGUUUGAGACAACUUUACUCGUCGAUGUCGAUUUCGAAGAUGACGAGAAAAAACCAGCCAAUAAAGGAAUGAAGCCAAAGGGGGAUGAGGAUAAAAAAGAGAAAAAGAAACCGCAAAAAAUCAAAGAAAUGGAAAAGGAAAAGGACGAAAAGGAAGAUCUAAGUGACGAAGAAGAGGAUGAGGAAGAUGUGGAAGAUGAAGAGGAUGCAAACAAACCAAAGAAAAUUGGACAAAGAGCGAUAAAGGAGCCUAGUUCUGAGGAGAAACAUGAACUAAGCACUUUUAAAGGUAAAAAAGUUAACUGACACAUCUGAUGUCAUGUGUAAUACAAUUUUAGAUGAACUGCCAGUUCAACUAUGUCACAUUGAUGCCGACUGCGCUCAUGAUAAGUUCAAUCGGACUGUCUGCGAGCGUUACGGAGAUAUUAGGAACCAAGGAGCUUGCCGAAGCCGUAAGUCGGACUUCUGGAUAUUAUCCUUGUUAAUUAAUAAAUUUUGAUGUCGGAAAAGGCUUUUAAUAAUUAAUUGACGUUCAGCCUGGCCCUGCAAGACCGAUGACGAUUGCCCCACCUGCUGCCGAACUUGGAACCACGAGUCUAAGGAGAAACAUUGUGGAUAUAGUAAGUUGACAGCUAUUUAUCACCAAAAUUGUUAAAUUAAGUUCAAUACGAAUAAUAACUUCAAAAAUCGUCAACAUAUGACUUAUAAGGCCAUAAAAAGUGAUUAAAAUCCCUUUUCAGACUUCCUCACAAUGUAUUGCGGCUAUAAUAACACCCGUUUCCCGGAUGUUGUCUGCCCACAAAGGGAUAUUUGUCAACAAGGUUUUGAUGGGUUUAGCACAUGCCGAAUCAUUCUGGACGAACGCAACCUGGAGCAAUACAUGAGUUGUGGGUUUGGACCGACAAUUCUCAAAAAACAGAAUGGAUUCUAA